UUAAGACAGGAGAUGAGCUUAAAUAUAAGCACUCAUCUCUUCUAAGCUCUUCACAAAGAUCAUACCAAGAAGAUUUCUCCUCUCAGAAGUCAGAAAACUUCAUCUUCGUCCACUGAGGCAGCAGCAUCUCCACUCCAGAGAGUCCACUCUUCUCUUCUCUCCAACUAAGGCUCUUCAGCAGCUUGUCCACCAGUAUGACGUCCUGCCCUCUCCUGCUGUCCAUCCUGGUUCUCCUGUCCUUCUUUAGCACUGCUUGGUGCAUCCCCACGUGUAACAACCAGUGCUGCCGUUUCGUGGAGAGCUUCCCUGUCAGGCUCAGAAAGCUCAGAGAAGACUAUUCACACAUCAGAGACUUCUAUGUGAGUAAAAGCUCAUCAUUUGCUUUGCAGGUUCCUUUAGUGUGCAGCAUCAUUUGGACAGAUCAAGUGAUGCUGCACUUUCUCACCUUCGUCUGUUUGGAUCUGUUGACACACUCUCUCAGCGCACUGAGUACACGUUUUUUCUGUUUACAGGAAGCAAACAAUGACCUAGACACGGCGCUGCUGGACCAGACUGUCGAGGAUUCCUUUAAAAGCCCGUUUGCCUGCCAAGUUAUGAGGAGCUUACUAGACUUUUACCUGAACACCGUGCUGCCUACAGCCGUGGCGGGAGUAACGGAGGACACCAAGGACUUAAGGCCGCACAUGGAAUCCAUACAGCUCAUCUUCGACCAGCUCAAGAGCGAUGUCACCAAAUGUGUGAGUAGCUGACACACGUGUUACUCCUUCGGGACAAUAAAAGUGUGAAUACGCGUCGACUGCGCCCCCCCAAAG